CAGUCCAUUACUCUGUCCUGUUGUUAGGCGUGUUGUUAGGAUAGCGUAUCAGCCAGCUAGCUAACAAGGAUCGGAGACAUUAGUAAGGAUGGCACUUGUAUAUGUUAAUAAAAACGAGAACUGGCAUAUUUACUUGUUUACUCGAAGCUGCACUGACGGAAUCGCUUUUUCCCGAACCACCUAGAGGUUUGCGUUGUGGUUUGGUUUAGUUAGCUUGACAGCUAAGGUUUUGCUAAUGUAGAUCAGCCAACCAACGUUGACGGUAAACAAACCUAGUCGACUCUUGUUGUCUUUGACAUUGGUUUAUAAUCGUACGGUGGAAAAAAUGGAAGAGAUUCAGGAGGAUUUAUUGGAGCAGGAGGAAGAGGAAUUCCAAAUAAUCAAAAAUGCACUAUCAUCACGUUACAAUGUUCCUUUUCGGUCCACGCGGUUGCACAUCCAGAGAAGUAGUGUGUGCUCUCGGGCUUAUUUCGUUGUGGUCAUGGUCUUUUUCCAUGUGUACAUCCUGAAUAUUAUCGGCUUGUUGCUGUACGUGCACUACAACAACGGCCCGGCGGAUUUAGUUGGUGGAGACGGGGAUGCCUCUGCUCCAGGCCGUGACAGCAGAAGUCUACCCCAACCUGCUCCUCCAUCCUUCGAAAAGCUGCAGGACGAGGAGGACUACAGCCAGAGUUUCAGUCUCCAUCGUAUUGAGGGGAUACGGGUUGGACACGUUCAGCAGGUGUCCAUUGUACCGGACAGACUACAUGAGAUGAAGACACUCAGCCUGAAACCUUUGCUGUUUGAGAUCCCUGGAUUUCUGUCAGAGGAGGAGUGUCGUGUGGUGGUGCAGCUGGCUCAGCUCAAGGGUCUGAUGGACAGCCAGCCGCUAACACCUAGCCAGGGACAGGAGUCAAACCAGCCACUACUUUCUCUCAGCACAGAAGAGGUCUUUAGUCUGUUGGACCUCAACCAAGAUGGGUUUCUUCAGAAACAAGAGAUUUUGAGUCAUUCACGUUCUCGAGAUGGAACUUGGUUGAGCCCAGACAACUUACGGCAGAUCCUGACUGGUCUGGAAGUCUGUCCAACAGGGAUGCUGACACUGGGGGACUUCAGGCGGGUAUACGAUGUGUCAAGGCGUCCACAACAACAGCGAAGCGGAAGGCUCUAUAGUAACUUUAAACAGAGAAGCAAGCAUACGUGGCUUUACCAAGGGCCAGGAUCUCACCACGUGCUGCAGACACUCCGGAAAAGAGUUAUCAGCCUGACACGUUUGCCCUCUUCACUGGUGGAGCUGAGUGAACCGCUGCAGGUGAAUUGUUAUGAGCACAGAGAUUUCAGCAGCGCUCACUACGACAGCAGCUCCUCCCACCCAGAGACCACCUGUGCACACACACGCCUGGCAGGAAACGCGUCUGCUCUCACAGAGGUCUCAUGCAGGUACCUGACCGUCGUGUUCUACCUCAGCUCUGCAGAGGACGGUGGUGAAACUACCUUCCCUGUAGCAGAUAAUCGUACCUACGAUGAGCAGGCCCUGAUCCAGGAGGGAGUUGAUUUGACAGACACCCAACAGACAUGUGGCAAAGGGAAUCUGAGAAUAAAGCCCACCACUGGGACAGCUCUCCUCUGGUAUAACCAUUUAUCUGAUGGGAGAGGUUGGAUGGGCGAGUUGGAUGAGUAUUCCCUGCAGGGUGACUGUCCAAUCAGGCGAGGAGUGAAGUGGGUGGCCAACAGCUGGGUGAACGUUGACCCGGAUCACCAGCAACAGGCUCGCUACCAGAGACUAGUAGCCCAAAGGCAUCAAACCAAGUCUGGCAUGGAGGACCAGUACUAUCCUCUUUCUCACAGUGACCUCCAUCUGGAUCUAUAGUCAGGGCUUAUAUUGGUACAACUUUACAAAUGAGCUUUUUAAACUUUUUUUUUUCCCAGUGUGAUGUGACCGAUAUUUACGUACACAAUGUCAGAGUGCAGUACUA